CUCCCCGGCCGGCGGGCAGCCGGCAGCUUCAGCGACCGGCCACCCCGCCGCCCAUGUCCUCCGCGCCGCCGCGCUCGCCCACCCCGCGGGCCGCCAGGAUGAAGAAGGACGAGUCCUUCCUGGGCAAGCUGGGCGGCACCCUGGCCAGGAAGAAGAGAGCCCGGGAGGUGAGUGACCUGCAGGAAGAGGGCAGAAGUGCCAUCAACUCGCCGAUGUCCGCUGCCUCGGUGGACGUCCACCCCGAAGACACUCAGCUCGAGGAGAAUGAGGAGCGAACUAUGAUUGACCCCACCUCCAGGGAGGACCCCAAAUUCAAGGAGCUGGUCAAGGUGCUCCUGGACUGGAUCAACGACGUGCUGGUGGAGGAGCGGAUCAUCGUGAAGCAGCUGGAGGAGGACCUGUACGACGGGCAGGUGCUGCAGAAGCUCCUGGAAAAGCUGGCGGACCGAAAGCUGGAUGUGGCCGAGGUGACCCAGUCUGAGAUAGGGCAGAGGCAGAAGCUGCAGACGGUCCUGGAAGCCGUGCACGACCUGCUGCGGCCCCACGGCUGGGCGCUUCGGUGGAACGUGGACUCCAUCCACGGCAAGAACCUGGUGUCCAUCAUCCACCUCCUGGUGUCGCUGGCCAUGCACUUCCAGGCCCCGAUCCGCCUGCCCGAGCACGUGUCGGUGCAGGUGGUGGUCGUCCGGAAGCGGGAAGGCCUGCUCCACUCCAGCCACGUCUCAGAGGAGCUGACCACGACCACAGAGAUGAUGAUGGGCCGCUUUGAGCGGGACGCCUUUGACACCCUCUUCGACCACGCCCCAGACAAGCUGACUGUGGUGAAGAAGUCACUCAUCACGUUUGUGAACAAGCACCUGAACAAGCUGAACCUGGAGGUGACAGAGCUGGAGAGCCAGUUUGCAGACGGCGUGUACCUCAUCCUGCUCAUGGGCCUUCUGGAGGACUACUUUGUCCCCCUCCACAACUUCUACCUGACUCCGGAGAGCUUCGAUCAGAAGGUCCACAACGUGGCCUUCGCCUUCGAGCUGAUGCUGGACGGGGGGCUCAAAAAGCCCAAGGCUCGCCCGGAAGAUGUGGUGAACCUGGACCUCAAGUCCACGCUGAGGGUGCUCUACAACCUCUUCACCAAGUACAAGAACGUGGAGUGACUGGCGCAGCAGAUGACGGUGGCGGGGACGGCAACCGGGCGAGAGAAGCGGGAUCCGUCACGGGGCCUGGGCUCCCGGGCACCCGGGCUCCCGUCCCAGCCCGGUCUCUGCUCUUUACCCCUUCUCGUUGUGACUCUCGGGACCUUUGCAAAUGUACGGUUUGAAGCCUCCCUUCAGGCUGUUGUCCUUGGUCUGGAUCAAAAGAUGGAAAGGAAAAGCCCAGCCCCCUCUCCACCUUGACCCCCAGGCCCCGUGUGCUCUGAGGGGAGGAGCUGGCGAGCACAGGCGCUAUGCUGGGUGCCACUGCUGCUGUCACUGCUGCUCAGGUGCAAACUCCCCGGGGCUCGGGGCUCGCCUGUCUGUCCCCAGGGUUCCCCGGGGAUGGGCUCUCCUUGGAAGCAGGGCCUUUUGAGUCAAAGGCUUUGUGGUUUAAAAAUACGUCCUUCUCAAGUCCGCCAAGCUUUAGAUGUGACGUGAGUUUCACUCCCGGUUCCGGUGGCUUUUUGGUCAUCCUGUGUUGCGAUUGAUCAUUUGCACAAAAGACCCAGGCAGACCAGCGCCUCUGGCCCACAGGAGCGGCGGGUGCGGGGAGCUGCGGGCCGGGAACCGGCUGUGCAGUUGCCCUGGAUGUGGCCUGGGGUCCCACCUGGGAACGCACACGUGUAUCCAUGUGCUGGGCUUCCUGGCAGGGCGCUGCAGGCCAGGGGCUUCAGCAGCAGAGAAUUCGUGGCCGCUGCUCUGGGGGCUGCAGGGCUGGUCCCUGCCGAGGCCUCUCCUUGGCCGGCGUCUCCCGGGGGUUUGCACUGUCUUUGCUGUGUGUGUCUGUGCCUGGACACCUCUUCUCAGGAGGAGACCUGUCUGCCUGUGCGCAAAGCCGUGGGUAGGCCCUCACUGCCCCCCACCUCCCUGGUGACCCCUCUGUACACCCAGCUCCACGUGCACCCUCACACUGGGGAUUGGGACCUCAGCCUGUGGCUCUGGAGGCCACAACUCAGCCCACGACAGGGACGUAUGAAGUAUUCGUUAUGCCACCUGAGUGAGGUGGCGUCUCUCUCCAGAGUGUCCCACAAAAAGAAAUAUUGUCAUUUAUGUGUGGCCAGCUCACUCCCGCUUGCCUUGGCUCUGCAGAGAGAUGGGGUUCACCGGCUGCAUUUCCUGGGUGGCCCAUGCUCUCUGGUGCCCUGCUCUGUGGCCUGUCCCUGGCCCCACCACCCUGUAGACUCAGCAUUUGCAGCAGCGAUGACCAGAUGACCCUUGCAGUCUCUCAGAUCCCCGCCUCCCUGCAAUAGGCCAGAGCUGCCCAAUACGAUGUUCGUAUGUGACUGAAUGCCAGCGCAGUUUGAGGAACAGUUUAACGUUCCCCGCUUCCCACCGUUGCUAGGCUGGGGAUGGGAUCCGAAUAGCCACUUUGAUGGAGGUGGUUUCCCAGCGGGGGGCAAGAAAUAAUUAAAGCAGCAUUAGGUGUCUCCUGCGGGAUGCGUGACAUUAAAGAGCCACACUGACAGAACAUCCGGGCUGGAACGUUCUGUGCUGCCUUGGUGACACGCGUGGAAUGGUGGCAGAUGCCGCCAGUGGAGCGGGGCCUGGCCUGAGUGUUCACGGGCGGGCUUGGGGUGGGGGGACCCCUGCCUGGGGGGUGGCAAGGGCCGGAGAGGGAAUGGAGCAGAAGUCGGGUGUCCCAGCUGCCCCUGUCCCGUGAACGCAGUGUGACCUGGAGCAGAGGCUCUGCGUUCCGUUUCUCUGUAUAGAGGCCGAGUCUUUCUGUGUUCGGUGGCUGGGGCAGGAGUCACCUGGAUGGGGUCUCUGGAAUGAGACACCUUCCCCUGAUGCUGGGGCAUCCUGGGGUCGCUUGCGCCCUGGGCCUGUUUACUUCCCUUUGUCUCUGAGCUGCUCUGGGGUGCAAACCCUUCCCUCUUGGGUCUACGUUCGUGGGAGUUGUGGAGCCUCUUUCCGGCCUGUGUGCCCCAUUCUUGUGAUUCUUAAAUUGUCUGCAGUGGGGCCUGGUCCAGAGGAACCAGGCGACCGCAAGGCCAUUGUGUCCACCCCCGGGACUGAGCUUGGACAGCCCUGAGACAGACGCCCACGCUCCAUCCUCCCCAGGAUGGCCCCUUGGCCUGUCCCCGCCCUCGGAGCCCCAGCCCUGCCCAGGGUCCCAUGCUGUCCUCAUUGUCGCAGAGAAUUGAUUUUGUUCUAAAACAGCUGAAUCCUCUUUUGUCCCUGCGUGUGGGCCAGGGUUGCAUUGUCUUUUUAAUUGUUUGAAGAAACAUUUACUUUGGAUUCUGGAUAUUAAAUAAAAACCACUGAAACCCCG